GCCUUGGUUCUCAUGCUAGCUGUUGGGGUCGGAGGUCAGGGCGAGCGUCUAGCCGGCAGCAGGAGGAAGAUGGCGGUGGAGUCGCGCGUUACUCAGGAGGAGAUUAAGAAGGAGCCCGAGAAGCCCAUCGAUCGGGAGAAGACCUGCCCGCUGUUGCUGCGCGUCUUCACCACCAACAACGGCCGCCACCACCGCAUGGACGAGUUCUCCCGCGGAAACGUGCCGUCCAGCGAGCUGCAGAUCUACACCUGGAUGGAUGCAACCUUGAAAGAACUGACUAGUUUAGUAAAAGAAGUCUACCCAGAAGCCAGAAAGAAGGGCACACACUUCAAUUUUGCAAUUGUUUUUACAGAUCUUAAAAGGCCUGGCUAUCGAGUAAAGGAGAUCGGCAGCACCAUGUCUGGGAGAAAGGGGACUGACGACUCCAUGACGCUGCAGUCGCAGAAGUUCCAAAUCGGAGACUAUCUGGACAUAGCGAUCACUCCUCCAAAUCGGGCACCGCCUCCUUCAGGAGGGCGCAUGAGGCCGUACUGAAUUUUAUUUACUAUUUCUUGAAUUUAUUUUCCAUUCAGUUAUGUAAAAUAAACUUUCGCUUUUUCCUCCUCC